AUGGGCGCAGGCGCAUACCUCGAACCUCUGGCCGUGAUCGUCCUCCUCUUUGGCGGAGCCUGGAUCAACCGUGCGCCAGAUUCCUUGUCCUCGUCGCGGAGUCCUCUCUCCCUCUCGUUCGAGGAAGAUGACACCGAUAUUCCUGACCUUCCCCUCGCCCGCUCUGUCGACUGCGACGACGACGUGGACAUUGAAAAUCUCCAUAUCUCACGAUCCAAGAGAUCUCUAAGCCCAUCUUUGCUACCAAGUCAAGAGGACAAGUGGCGGGAGAGGGAGCUGAAGAUACCUGUGUUGGGAUAUCGAAGAGUAAUUCAGACACCAAAUACAGCAGUAUUCAGACAUAGACUGCUGAGCAGAAUAUUGCACAAAUUCCCGUUCUUGGUGGAGGCCUGGUAUUGGGCUUUGAUAUAUUGGGUCUACCAGCUCGGUCGCGCAUUUACUGCCGUUACGUUGGUCGAAGGCACAGUCCAUGUUGCGCGGCGACAUGCAUUGCAACUGAUUGAACUCGAAAAGCAACUUCAUAUCUUCUGGGAACUCCCCAUCCAGAAGUUCUUCGUGUCCUACCCAAGCUUGAUGAUGGGUAUCAACUGGCUGUACAGCUUUAUUCACAUCCCAGGCACUAUCGCUUUCUUGGUGUGGUUGUACUACUAUACGAUCACGAGGAAUCGGCUUAUUCAACGCCGUGCAGCUGUUCAGUCAGGCGAAAAAGGGAGCGACGUCGGACCAGCAGGAUCAUCUUCAGGACCGUGGCUCUACGAGGCGCGCAGACGAACAAUGGCGGUCUGCAAUCUACUUGCGUUCGUCGUUUUCACGCUCUGGCCGUGCAUGCCGCCUCGAUUGCUGAGUGACCCGGAGUACGAUGGGGCUCAGGCCGAGGUCGCCAAGAGCUUUGGAUUUGUUGAUACUGUGCAUGGUAAAGAAGGCGCAAGUUCGGUGUGGACGCAGAAUCGAUUUUGCAAUCAAUACGCGGCAAUGCCCUCUCUGCACUUUGGAUACUCUCUCCUGAUUGGCGUCACCAUAAUGACCAUCCCGCUUGCUCCCCAGCAUUCACAACCCUGGAAAGUCGUUCAUCUUCCCUUCUUCAACAACUCGCACCCUAACCUCUCCCCUCACAUCCGGCUCCCCAGCACGCGCCGCAUGCUCUGCCUAGCGGUCGGCUUCCUGUACCCUUUUGCCAUUCUCACUGCCAUUGUCGCGACGGCGAACCAUUUCAUCCUCGACGCAGUUGCAGGAUCAAUUGUGUGCUGUCUGGGCUGGAAAUUCAAUGACGUACUCUUGAAUUUGCUUGUGGUUGAGGAUUGGUUCCUCUGGUGCCUGAGGAUUCACAAGCCUGUUCAGGUGCCGCUGCAAUCCGAGAGAGCAGCCAAAGCACCGGGUUUGGGGAUCAAAGAGAAGGAGGGCUGGGAGCCGGAGAAGACGUCUGUGGUGGUGAAUGCCGCUUGA